CUCACGGCCGUCUGCCCUUCCCCCACCCCUUUUUUGUUUUACUGUUUGGGUUAUGUGGGUGUCGGUGAGGCAAAGAAGAGGAGAUCGAACUAGUUUUUCCCACAACCGAAUGCCACGAGCUCUUGAGUCUGUGCGUGUGUGCAUGUGUGUCUGUGCGCGCGCAGAAAAGAGAGAGGGAGGGAGGGACGGAGGGAGAGAGGGAGUGAAAAGAGCGAGAGAGAAGCGGCUCAGCGAGCAACUCCUGACUGAGAGUCUAGUCCGGCAGCGCGCCACAGACAGACCCGUAAACUGGGAGAGAAUGAGAGCGCGAAAGCAGCAGCACCGCCACCACCGCCACCAGCAGCAACCCUCCUCAGCUCAAGCAGCCGCUCUACAGCAGCCACAGGCACACGACUAGAGGAGGGGGGAAAAAGGCGGGGGAGUGGAGCCUGAAGGGGCCACAGAGGCAAAUUCUCUGAAUCCUCCCUCUCCCACUCCCUCGCUCGUUCACCCACCUACCCGCUCUCCACAUCUCUCGCUCGUUCGCUCCCUCCUCCUUCACUGCCUCCCUCCCUCUUCUGCUUCACUCACUCAUUCUCUUCCCCCUCCUUUCUUUCUCCCUCCUCUCCUUCCCCCCUCACUCUCUCCUCUUCUCCGUCUCACUUUCUCCCCCCUCCUCCCCUACCUCUCUUUCCUUGUUUUCUCUUUCUUCCCCCUCCCACCCCACCCCUCCCCUCCCCUUUUUUUCCUCUUUCCCCCGUUUAAUUUUCUUUUCCUUUCCUUUUUUAAAAAAUACCUCCGCUUUUGCUGGCGCUGCACUGCAGCUGCUCCUCCAGCCAGUCGUCCUGUCUGCUUUUUCUCCUGUCUUAUCUCAAGCCAGCCCCCCCCCACGUUCACCGUUGCCAGAUAAACAAGCCUUCCUUCCCUCCCACCCCCCCAAAAACAUCCCUUUUUGGAGGGGUUGAUUUGCCAGAUUAGCCUGAAAUUUUAAAGGAGGACAAGAAGAAACGCGAAAGAAGCAGGACGAGCACCCCUUUCUCCUCCUCCUCCCCCUCCCUGUUCCCCCCCACCCCGAAGGGAGAAGCCAGUUAUCCUUCUAGUGGCGGCAGCGGCGGCGGCGGCAAACAUGAUGGCGGCAGCUCCCAUCCAGCAGAACGGGACCCAUACAGGGGUGCCCAUAGACCUGGACCCUCCGGACUCUCGGAAAAGACCACUUGAAGCUCCCCCUGAAGCCGGCAGCACCAAAAGGACCAACACGGGCGAGGACGGCCAAUAUUUUCUAAAGGUCCUCAUACCUAGUUAUGCGGCUGGAUCUAUAAUUGGGAAGGGAGGACAGACAAUUGUACAGCUGCAGAAAGAGACUGGAGCUACCAUCAAGCUCUCUAAAUCCAAAGACUUUUAUCCAGGUACGACAGAGCGGGUGUGUUUGAUCCAGGGAACAGUGGAAGCAUUAAAUGCAGUUCAUGGCUUCAUUGCUGAAAAGAUUCGAGAAAUGCCUCAAAAUGUGGCCAAGACAGAGCCAGUUAGCAUUCUGCAGCCUCAGACAACCGUCAAUCCGGAUCGCAUCAAACAAACAUUGCCAUCAUCCCCAACUACCACCAAGUCCUCUCCAUCUGAUCCCAUGACCACCUCCAGAGCUAAUCAGGUAAAGAUUAUAGUUCCCAACAGCACAGCAGGUCUGAUAAUAGGGAAGGGAGGUGCUACAGUCAAGGCUAUAAUGGAGCAGUCAGGGGCUUGGGUGCAGCUUUCCCAGAAACCUGAUGGGAUCAACUUGCAAGAGAGGGUUGUCACUGUAAGCGGAGAACCUGAACAAAACCGAAAAGCUGUUGAACUUAUCAUCCAGAAGAUACAAGAGGAUCCACAAAGUGGCAGCUGUCUCAAUAUCAGUUAUGCUAAUGUCACAGGUCCAGUGGCCAAUUCCAAUCCAACCGGAUCUCCUUAUGCAAACACUGCUGAAGUAUUGCCAACAGCUGCGGCUGCUGCAGGGCUAUUAGGACAUGCAAACCUUGCUGGAGUUGCAGCCUUUCCAGCAGUUUUAUCUGGCUUCACGGGCAAUGACCUGGUUGCCAUCACCUCUGCACUUAACACGUUAGCCAGCUAUGGAUAUAAUCUCAAUACUUUAGGUUUAGGCCUAAGUCAGGCAGCGGCUACUGGGGCUUUAGCUGCAGCAGCUGCCAGUGCCAAUCCAGCAGCAGCAGCAGCCAAUUUGUUGGCCACCUAUGCGAGUGAGGCCUCAGCUAGUGGCAGUACUGCUGGUGGUACGGCGGGGACAUUUGCAUUAGGUAGCCUGGCUGCUGCUACUGCUGCAACCAAUGGAUAUUUUGGAGCUGCUUCUCCUUUAGCUGCCAGUGCCAUUCUAGGAACAGAGAAAUCCACAGAUGGCUCAAAGGAUGUAGUUGAAAUAGCAGUGCCAGAAAACUUAGUUGGUGCAAUACUUGGAAAAGGAGGAAAAACAUUAGUAGAAUACCAGGAGUUGACUGGUGCAAGGAUACAGAUCUCCAAAAAAGGAGAAUUCGUACCU